AUGCCCCGGAUUGCAACAGUGGCUAUACUCCAAGCAUAUACACAGAACCCCCUUCUUCCGCUCCUCUUGAGGGAGUGCCGAUCGCUUCCGUCGGCACAAAACGAAUUGCGAUGGCUGUAUGAACGAGCUCUGUGUAUUGUGCGAUCAAUGUCAAAAUAUCAGCGGAAUGGGGCAAGUCAUAGAGUUUAUGGCUGGAGAACUCUCUUGAAAUCAAUGUGCCUAGCACGGUCAAGGGGUGUACCUCUCCAAUACAUACUGGGGGAUCAGCCCUUCGGGGAUCUUGACAUCAAAUGUACAAGGGGUGUGUUGAUUCCAAGGCAUGAGACAGAAUCCAUUACCCUCUACGCCGCGGAAUUGAUAUUGGGUCGAUUCCCCGGCAUGCAGAGAGGAGAAAAGGCGCCCGGCCUACGUAUCAUGGAUCUCUGCACGGGGACUGGGUGCAUACCACUGCUCCUGCAUACUCUCCUCUCUCCCUACUUUUCACAGUUAUCGAUUGUCGGCAUUGACAUCAGUGCUACGGCUGUUAACUUGGCGCAAAAAAAUGUUGAGCGAAAUAUCCGCCUGGGAAAGCUGUCGCAACGUGCAUUAACAGACAUCAGGUUUCAACGCAAAAAUAUACUUGAAUAUGACCCUAACAGGCCCCUGGUGAUAGAGGAUAUAUGCGACUAUACAUCCAGGCUCUCCACUGUCUCUAAUUCUCAGGUUGAUGUUCUUAUCUCAAAUCCGCCGUAUGUUUCGCUGGAGGAGUAUCACGAUGGAACAAUGUCACGCAGUGUCCGGAUUUUCGAACCGAAACUUGCACUGGUACCACCGGAUAAUGUUACGCCAUUGACGAUGGAGUCUGGAAAUUCACGCCCGGAGGAUUUCUUCUACCAUCAUAUUGCAGCUCUGAUGUGCAUAUUACAGGUUAAACUGACUGUUCUUGAAUGUGGGAGCCGCUUGCAGGCAGUGCGGGUUGCCAUGAUAUGUAAAGAUAUCAUCAGCGGUUAUAAUGACUUGGGCAAAGUAUAUGUUAAUAUUUGGUCGGAUACAGGUAUUAAUACAGACCCAUGUGCAGUUAUUGUGCAAAUGGGGGAUUAA